AUGAGACAAUUUCCUUUCUUUAAAAAAAAGCAAAUCGAAAAUAGUCGACGGUUCCAAGUCAACGAUCAAGAAAAUAAUGCACUUAGACAUUUUGCGGGUAAUGAAGUAUCAACAUCAAAAUAUAAUUUAAUCACAUUUUUACCUAAAAAUCUCUUUGAACAAUUUCAUCGAUUAGCAAAUGCUUAUUUUUUAUUUCUACUCUGUCUACAAUUGAUUCCACAAAUCAGUUCACUUCCAGCAUAUACUACUGUUAUACCUCUUUGUUUCGUUUUAAUAUUAACAGCCGCCAAAGAUGCCAUUGAUGAUAUUGGAAGACAUCAAAGUGAUAAAAUUCUUAACAAUAGAAAAACACAAAUCAUCGUUGAUAAUGAACUUGUUAAUAGAAAAUGGAGAGAAAUCAAAGUUGGAGAUAUUAUUCAAUUGUCUAAUGACGAAUUUGUUGCGGCAGAUGUUGUAAUUAUAUCAACGAGUGAACCGAAUGGACUUUGUUAUAUUGAAACGGUUGAAUUAGACGGUGAAACUAAUCUUAAAGUACGACAAUCACUCGAAGAAACACAAGAGAUUGGUGAUGAUAUCGAUGGAUUAUCUACGUUUGAUGCCGAAAUUGAAUGCGAAUUGCCUAAUGAUAAUUUAAAUCGAUUUGAAGGAAAUUUAAAAUGGAAAAAUAAAAUUUAUUCAUUGAAAAAUGAUCAUGUUAUAUUACGAGGUACUCGUUUAAGAAAUACUCAAUGGGUUUUUGGAGUUGUAUGUUACGCUGGAUCUGAUACUAAAUUGAUGAACAAUACAAAUAAAGCUUGUUUUAAACGAUCACAUAUUGAUCGUAUACUUGAUAAAAUUAUUAUUGCAAUUUUAAUUUUAUUAAUUAUUCUCUGUACUGCAAUGGCCAUUGCUUGUACAUUUUGGGAAUUAUCGUCUGGUUACUAUUUUCGUGAAUAUCUUCCAUGGGAAUCAUAUUUAUCGAAUAAGAAAACUCAUGCUGCUAUUCAAUUAGGUCUUCUUGUAUUUUUUUCAUAUAUUAUUAAUUUCAGCACAGUUGUGCCUCUUUCACUUUAUGUUACUAUCGAAUUUGUUCGUUUUUUACAAUCAAAAUGGAUUGAUUGGGAUAUUAAUAUGUAUUAUGAACGGUACAAUGUAUGUGCACAAGUUCGUACAACAACACUUAAUGAAGAAUUAGGACAAAUUGAAUAUAUAUUUUCUGAUAAAACGGGAACACUUACACAGAAUAUAAUGACAUUUAAAAAAUGUUCAAUUGGAGGAAAACUCUAUGGUUAUGUUAUGGAUGACAAUGGAAAUGAAAUUCAAGAUAUAAAAAAACUUGAACCGAUUCAAUUUGAUGAACAAGAUCAAGAAUUUGUUUGGUAUGAUAAGACUCUAUUAGAUGCUAUUAGAAAUAAUGAUGAAAAUGUUAAUCAUUUUUUUACAUCAUUAUCAUUAUGUCAUACGGUUAUGUGUGAAGAAAAAAAUGGAAAGAUAAUUUAUCAAGCUCAAUCACCUGAUGAAAAUGCACUUGUAUCAGCAUCACGUUCUUUUGGCUAUGCUUUUCAAAAUCGUACUCAAAAUAGUAUUACAGUGCGUAUUAAAGAUAAAGAAGAAACAUAUCAUCUUUUGAAUAUUCUUGAUUUUAAUAAUGAAAGACAAAGAAUGUCAGUUAUUGUUGAGAAAGAUAAUCAAAUAUUCCUUUAUUGUAAAGGAAGUGAUACAAAAAUUAAAGAAAGAUUAGCCAAUUCUCAAACAAAUAUUAUUAAUCAGACAGAUGAACAUCUAUAUAAAUUUGCAAAUGAUAGUUUACGAACGCUAUGUUUAGCAUGGAAACAAUUAGAUAGAUCAGAAUAUGAUCCAUGGGCAGCAAAAUUCAGUGUUGUUAAUACUACUAUGGAACAACGCGAUGAAAAAGUAGCAGAAAUGUAUGAACAGAUUGAAACAAAUUUAAUAUUGCUUGGUGCUACAGCAGUUGAAGAUAAACUUCAAGAUGGAGUGCCUCAAUGUAUUCAACGAUUAGCUGAAGCUGGAAUUAAAAUAUGGCUAUUAACAGGAGAUAAAAUCGAAACAGCCUAUAAUAUAGGUCUUUCGAGUCGUUUAGUAACAAAUGAAAUGGAAAUAAAAACUAUUGAAGAAAACAGUGAAGAACUAGUUGCUGCUAAAUUAGAAGAAAUACGAAAUUCAAUGAUUAACAAAAUAGAACAAUUCUUUGAUGUUAAUAUUGAUGAUCGAAAUAAACGUCUCGAUUGGAAAACAUGGGGAAUCAAUGUUCUCAAAUUAGAUCAAUUUAGAAAAGCUUCGUAUUAUGAACAUAAUAAUAUUACAAGUAUGAAAUCUAUUCUAUUAAAUAUGGAACAGCCACCAAGUAAUAAUAAUGAACAAGAUCGAGAACCAUUUCAAGGUUUUGCAAUUGUAAUCACUGGUCAAGCUUUAAUUUAUGCUCUGUCUGACAAUUUAAAAAUGAAAUUUUUGGAAUUAGGAACAAUGUGUAAAGCAGUUAUUUGUUGUCGAGUAACGCCGAUACAAAAAGCACAAGUUGUCGAAUUGAUCAUGCAACAUGAAAAGAAAAUAACAUUAGCUAUUGGUGAUGGAGCUAAUGAUGUUUCUAUGAUACAAAAAGCUCACAUAGGUAUAGGGAUUUCCGGUCAAGAAGGUCAACAAGCUGCAUUAGCAAGUGACUUUAGUUUUGGACAAUUUCGUUAUCUAGAACGACUCUUAUUAAUUCAUGGACGUUUAUCAUAUGUUCGAGUUGCGAAAUUUUUGCGUUAUUUCUUUUAUAAAAACUUUGCAUACACAUUUUGUCAUUUUUGGUUUGCUUUCUUUUCUGGAUAUUCCGCUCAAACAAUUUAUGAUCCAAUAUUUGCUGCAUUAUACAAUACUUUAUUUUCAACGUUUCCUAUUAUGGUAAUAAGUGUCUUUGAUCGAGUAAGUAGUUAUUGUCAAUAA